AAAUGAAAUGCACUUCCUUCAACACGGAAGUGUUGCCAGAUGAAAUAAGUUGAUAGGACUUUUGAUAUUCUUGCGUUUUAGCAACUUUUUAAUAUAUGGCAAUAUGAAGUAAUUCACAAUUAUGAUGUGUGAAAUGUUUUGAUUGCUUUCAAACUGACAUAACAUGAAAAAAACAAAUUAAGACAUAAUGUCGCGUAAAAUGGACGAAGAUAUGGAAAUUUUGGAUGACACGGGCGAAAGUUUAAACCUGGAUUCUAGGUUAACAUCUAUCCCAUUAGAUGCUUUGCGAAGAAGUUCGAGGUCUAAAAUUGCACUGUAUUUAGACGAUCAAAGUGAUAUCAUAGACGACGAAUGUGGCUAUGUCACCGAUUGGAAUGGUCUUGCAGAGUUGAUUGGAUUUACAGCACUGGAAAUGAGAAAAUUUGGAAGACAAAAGAGUCCAACACAGGAUUUGUUGGUAGACUGGGAAAUGACUCCAGCUUUAAACCCAACACUUGGAAAUUUGUGGAAGUAUUUAAUCGAACUAGGCCGUCUUGAUGUGUUACAAGACUGCAGAAGCUUUGUCAUAAAAGAUGCAGAGAACUACAUUUUAACAAAAGAAAGAUUAGCUAAUGAUUAUCUACCAGUGCAAGAAAAUUCAGUAUCACAAAGUUCAGCUCCUGACCAUUAUGUGGAUGAAACUCGAAUGCUUGUCACUGGAGACAUUGAUGGAAGUAUAACAUUAUUCGAUGCUUUUGUAUGCUACAAUGCAGAUUCUACUGGAAAGGACAUUGUUUUUGUGAAAGACAUGAUUAAAAAGCUUGAAAAGGAAUAUGAUCUAAAACUAUGUGUACCAGGUAGAGAUGAUCUACCUGGAGGUUCCAGAUAUGUUACAGAUGCAAAACUUAUAGAAUCAAGAUGUAAAAGAAUGAUAAUAGUUCUAUCACAUGAAUAUCUACAUAGCUCUGCAUGUGAUUUCCAAGUCAAGUUUGCUCAUGCUUUAGCACCAGGUGCAAGAAGUAAGAAGCUUAUUCCUGUCCUCAUAGAACCUUCAGUGCCUAUUCCACAGAUUCUUAGACAUGUAACAUUGUGUGAUUAUACCAAAAAUGACCUUAUGGAAUGGUUCUGGGACAGACUAGCUAAGUCAGUGAAGGCACCGUUAGACCCUGAACCAAAUCGUAUGGGCUCUAGUGUAGAGUCAUCUUUACCGAUGUCCAUACCUUCAAAUUCUUCAUCUUCUCUGCAGUCUCAAACCUCGCUUUCCCCAUCGCAAUCUCUGUCUUCCAUUGAAAAUUACCGUCUUACAAAUGACUCAAUAAAGAAUGCACAGCGUCAGCUGUCCGAGUCGGCUUCAAUGUCAAGUAACACGAGUAGUGACUCGGGAUUUCACUCUUCAUCAUUCCAGUCUCAUGGGGCCUCAUCGCUUCAAUCAAAUCAAAGUAGCUUCAGUAACGAAUAUACAUCAUUAUCUACUGAGAGUUUUCCUACUUCGUCAAGUAAGGCACGAGAAAAAAAGAAGGGUACUAAUAUAUUUGGACAAAUAAAAGCCAAAGUAUCUGGAAAGAAGCACAAUAAUAAUACAAGUAGUCAAGCUUGAUUCAUUGUGAGAGACUCUGUAUAAGGAAUCGUGUGUGAGGAUACUGUUUGUUGAGUUUCAAAAGAUUAAACAUGGUAUCAAACUUUUAAAACAUGUUAAAAUUUAUUUAUUUAUGAUACAAUAUGUGAACCUUUUUUUUUUAAAGUAAUGCAUGGUUAUUUUUGAAAUGUUUUGUUAAUUUUAUGAAUGACAAUUAGCAUUUAGUUGAAAAUGACCACUGUGAAUUUUAAGUGAUAGGACAGAAAACUAGCUUCAAGCAUGCAUAUACAUGUUGAGUUUGUCUUGAAAUAGAAGCUCCUUUAGAAUAAUACUUCCAAAAGGAAGAAAUAUUCCGAAAUAUUAUUUCUAUUGGGAAAUUUAUAACAGUAAUGAUUUUUAUCAGAAUUAGCUUUAUGAAAUAUUUGUUCCAACAAGAACAGAUUGUAUAUCAUUGUGUAUAACAGACACUGUCUAGAGGAACUUCAAUAAUAUGGAACACAUAUACAUUAAAAAGAUUACUUACUCAGAAACAAAAAGGAAAAAUAAAGUUAUCAUUCCGAAAAUCUAUAUUUUUUAACCCGAGUAAACUAACAAGCUUAUGUUGUUUUGGCUAAGGUAAAAAAAAGAAAAUCUGAUUAAGGAGCGAGCACUGCUUGUUAUUUCUGAUUUUUUUUCCCAUAUAUAUUUCCGACAAGAUGACAGACAAUUCAGUAUUGAGACCUUUUGAGAAGAGGGCCUAGGGGACUGGAGCCCCCCUUCCCUUUUCUGGGAAAAAAAUGAUAGAUUAUAUAAGAAUUCUCUGUAAGCAUGACCUGUGUGGGCACCCUCUUAGGCGGUCAGUGGGCCCCACUUAUGGGAUUCACCACUGUUUUUAGUUGAUGUGUAAUGAGGAACUCCUGACUUUUUUGUUUUGUAAGUUUAUGUGUAAAGGAAGUUUCCUCCUUAUAAAAUAUUACUUCCCAGGGUUGGAAGGAAAUAAAGAUCACUUUUGCUGGUACAUUUGUAUGUAAAAUGUUGAGAACAGAUGACAUAUUUUUUUCUGCCAGUUAGACUGUUGGUAUCUAGAAAAUUAAUCAAUUUUAUAAAAUGAUAGUUUAAGUUGAGAUUAGUACAAAAUGUAAACUGAAUUAAAAAAAAUGUAAUUGCUAUAUAUAUGAGGCCCUGGAUGGGCUUAUUGAAUAGUAUUAAUGGGCCAAAUGUAAAUAGAGAAAAAAAAUGAAAUAAAGAAUAAUGUGGAGUUGAAAUAUAAAGAAAAAAGAAAAGCCUAGUGUAAGAUAUAAGGAAUAGAGAAUGAUUGGGCCUCACAAUAUAAAGAAGAGAGAUAAAAGAUAAUAGAAUACAGAAAGACUGAUUAGAUUUUAUAAAAAACUUUGAUUUUUGUUUAUGAUCUAAACUCAAUCAUCAAUCUUUCAAACAUCUGAUAAUACUUAAAUGCGUUAUUGUCUAUUUCACGACUCUGAGGUAAUCAUACAUGUACAUAUAAAUGGCAAAACAUGUUAAUUAAUGAUUUAUUUAAAAAAUAAAACCAUCAUGAUUAAGAUCAGGGAAUUUGAUAAAUCUGUAUAAUUUGUAUUGUACCAUAUCAAUUUUGAAAUAGGCAGUAAAAUAGGGCAAUUAAUACAACGUGCAUAAAGUUAAUUUGUAUGUAUACCAUGUAUACAGGUAUUUGUCUAAUUUCAUUAUGUUAUGUAAAGCUCUUUUUUUACGUCCUGUUAACUGCUUUAAAUUACAAAAAAAUGUGGAUAAGUAGUAAUUAUUUUCAUUUUUGUGUUUUCUCAAUUUUAUCAUUUGCAUUGUCAUAUCUGUAAAUGUAGUUGAAAAUCUGUACUUAAUUGAGCAUUUUAACAGUAUUUGGCAUAACUUUUAGGAUUUUUUAAUUAUGCAUUGAACUUUUUGGUCUAGAACACUCCCACUUUGUUCUUUGUUUGGCCUUUUUAACUUUUUUUUAUUUGAGAGUCACUGAUAAAGCUUGUGUAGACAAACCAAUGUCUGGCGCCAAUACAAAAUUGUAAUUCUGGUAACUAUGAUGAGUUUAUUUCUAAUUUUUCAAAGAUAAAGUGUGAUAUUGCAUCAAACAUUUUAUAAUAUCUGUUAACAUGAUUUCUGAGUAGGUUCUGUAGGACCCUUUAAUUUUUAUGGCCCCAAAAUAUAGCAGUUUUACAAAAUUUUGAAAAUGUAAUCUUUAAACUAUUUAUUAAAUAUAAAUUGCAGUGCAGAUCUAGGAAAGUACCCUUUUGAUUUCUCAAACAUUUGAUCAUGACAGUAUCUAUUUCCUUGCUGGAAAUAAGCCCCCCAGCCCCUCCCUCCCCCUUCAAAAAUAUUCAAUCUGUUCAUGACUUGUAAAGAAAUUUGAAAGCAGUUAAACCAGCGGGCAAUUACAAAUAGAUUAAGUUAAUUGAUUGCAUGUUGGUUGCUUAAUUUUCAAUCUGAGAAUUUCAAUGGCAUUUACAUGUGUAUGUAGGCUAACAAAAGAAAAUGAAAUUUUAAAUGAUCUAAAUGGUUAUCAAAAAGGAAGAAAAUUUGCUAUUUAGUUGUUUUAUUUGUUGUUUUAUUGAUAUCAUUUGAUAAAUAUUGAUUUGUUAAAGUUUUUUAACACAUUGCAAUUUCAUGUCUUAUUUUUUUCAUGUCGGUUUAGUAAGUGGUUGUGAAAAGAAUUCAACUCACUACAUCACUAUUUCAUAUUAAAUCUGUAGAAAUUAGAUAUUUAAAAAAUCAAUUAUCAUAUGAUCUACAUUUCAAAUGUUUAUGUCAUUUAGUGUAUUAUUCAUAGCUAUCAAGUUUUGUUUAUAUAAUUAUUUCCUCCUUUAUAAAAACAUGUAUAUGUAUAUAUUUAAAUUUUCUAUAAAACUCAGGACUGGGUCAAGUAGAUCUUGUGACUGUAGGCCACAUGUCAAUGAAUGUUAACAUUAUGGUUAAAAUUUGAUCAUAUUUGGUAAACAUCAUGUUUUAAUUUUAUAAUUUGGUUUUUUUUAAAAUGGAUUUUCAAAUCACAAUGAUAUUUUCAUCUUGCAGAUUAAGAAAGGGGGUAUUUUAAAUGACACCUUUUAAUGACAAAAUGAAUCACUUUUUAAAACAUCCUUUAUUUAUAACAAAUCACAUAUUAAAUUAUUGAAAAGGUAGUCAAGUUUUAAUCAGACUGACUCUAAAGUGUCUAUUGUCAACAUUUAUGUAUUAUCAACCAUGUGUCAACCGGUAUGAUGAACUGAAAUCUUUUAACAUUCCUUUGCACAUUAAAAAUGUAGCUCAGUGUGUCAUUUUAGUACAAAGCAGGGUUAAUAUUCACAUUUGCUCAUCCUGAAUAUGUAUUUGAAUAGCUGCUUGUUGUAAAACAACCAUCCAUCAUUAUUAUUAUCUUACCUUGACUUGGUCCUAAGUCCCUUCAUACUAACAUUCCAUAUACAGUGAAACUUUGCUUCACCAAACCUCUUAAGGACUUUGUUUUGUGUUGGCCAAUGUACGGUUAUAUCAGCUUCACAACACAUACAAUUUGAUAUGACGUUGCUUAAGAACAGGUUUGGUUUAUACAGGAUUUUGGUUUAUACAGGAUUUCGGUUUAUGCAGGAUUUUGGUUUAUGCAGGAUUCAGUUUAUCCAGGUUUCACUGUAUUGGAAACCUUUAUUGCACUUAACUUUGUCAGUAGUAUAUUUAAGUCUUUGUAUGAGAUGUUCAUGGUGUACAUAAUUAUGAAAUUAUUACUUACUAAUAUUUAUUUUUCAUUUAGCAUUUAAAAGGCAUUAUAAAACAAAUGUUUUCAAGAGCUAAUUGCAGAGGGUAGUAUAUCAAUCAAAAGGGUGUUAUAAACUCCUGGACUGGCCAGAGUGAUUGAAAUAGCUAAACUAUUGAUAUCUUUGUACAUAAAAUACGCACAUUUUUUCAAGUUUUCAUUGUCACCAGUCCUUUUUGACAGAGUUCUCAAAAUCAUUUUCCUUGUUGUUCCAUGAAUUUUGUUUUUGCCCUUGCAUUUUUUUAUUGUAAAAUACCAAAAUUUUGUAAGUCCUUUGCUGGUCAAAACCUUCAUACCACAACUUUUUCAAGAACUCUGCUUGUAAUUAUAAGUGUUGAAAACUAAUAUUGGUCACCCAAGAAACAUACAAGAAUGCUUAAAAAAUAACACACAGAAGACUUUUUCUAUCAUGUUUUUUAUAUACAGUUAGAAAUUGUAAGACUUUAUAUUUUUUAUAAUCCAUCAGUACAUUUUUGAAUAUCAACAAUUAUUUUUUUACUGGAGUGCAAAGUUAGAAAUUAUUUAUAAGCCUCUGUGAUAUUUGUCUUAAUGAAAUAUAAUAUAAAGAAUAAAAAUAUUAAAUGUCAAAUUGUAAAUAAUCAACCUAAACAAUAUCACAUAUUUUUAUUAAGGGGAAUCAUAACUUCAUAAUAAUUUAUUAACUUUCAAUGCAGCAAAAUGAGCAUGAGAUAGUUUUAAUUUGAAGAUGCAGAUUACACCUCAUUCUUCAUAUAUAUUGAUAAACAAAAUAAUAUCCAGAGAAGGUAUUAAGUAUCGAAUAAAUAGUGUUCAUAAAAAUUAAUAGUAUGUGGGUUUUUUUUUAUUGUGUUUGAAGCACCCAAUACAAAAAAAAAGUAUGCAAAGCUAUCAUGCCUGAAGCUAAGCAUCAGAAUCCAUGGUCUGAUUAUGUAUAAGAUGUUUGAUGCAUUCUGAAAGAUAUAUAUUAGUAAUAGUUUAUCAGAAUAUGUUAAUAUUGUCUAUAUGGCUAAGGUUUAUAGCUACAACGAAAAACUAUCUGAAGUAGACCAUGAUGAGAUUUAGAAUAUGACAAUUGUCCACUUAACACUGCGUAUUUGAUGAUAUUCAGUGAUAAUGAUACCCUUGGUUAAAAGGAAGUAAAUGCUUUAGGCAUUUUACAUGUCAAUGUCUUUUCUAAAUGAACCUAUUUGACUUGAUGAUAUUUUAUAUUGUUGGCACACGUGUAUACUUAAACAAAUUGUACAUAGGAAGGAAAUAAUUGGUAACACAUUUAAUAGUUCACCAAGUAAUAAAACUAUGCUUUAAUUGUUUAGAUUUGUAAUGAGUAAUUUGUUAGUUUUGGUUGUUAAGUUAUGUCAUUUUGAAUUGCUGAUUUUUAUAAACUAAAUGCAAUAAAGACAUUCACAAUA